AUGGCUCCUUCUUUGACCGCGACAACCCCGGCCGUCCCCGUCAUGGAAGAUAAGAUUUCACUGAAAGGCCCUGAACGAACUCCUCUCAAGUCAAGCGGUAUUCUAGAUGCAUUUGAGUCCUUUGACGUGACCCCGAUAAUUGGACGCGAGUUUCCCAAUGCCAGCCUGAAGGACUUCCUGCGGGCUCCCAACUCGGAUGAUUUGCUUCGCGAGCUCGCUCUAACCAUUUCGCAACGCGGCGUCGUAUUCUUCCGCAAGCAAGACGGACUUGACGACAACUUGCAGAAGGAGCUCGUGCAGCGACUGGGUGAGCUUUCAGGCAAACCAAAGACUUCUGGACUUCACAUCCACCCGAUUGCCAACUCUGGUCGGGAGCACAGCGUCACAGAUGAUGAAAUUAGCGUGAUCAGCUCCCAGCAACGGCAAAAGCUGUACACCGACCGAAAUGGCCGCAGACAAAGCUCUCGUAACGAGUGGCACAGCGAUAUCACCUUUGAACCCAUUCCAAGCGACUACACUCUUCUCCGACUGACAGAACUUCCCAGAACUGGAGGUGAUACGCUGUGGGCUUCCGGGUACGAGGUCUACGACCGCCUCUCUGAGCCAUACCAGAAAUUCCUCGAGGGCUUGACAGCCACCUACGCCCAGCCCCGCUUCAACGAUGUUGCCAAGAAGAACGGCUUCGAGGUACACCCUGGUCCGCGCGGAGCUCCCGAGAAUGUUGGCGAGGAACUGCGCGCAGAACAUCCUGUGAUCCGAACCAAUCCCGUCACUGGAUGGAAGAGUGUUUUCGCUGUUGGUACUCAUGUUCAGAAGAUCAAUGGUGUUACGGAUGAGGAGAGUGCCCAUCUUCUCAAGUGGUUCGUGAGUCUCAUCGUGGAGAACCAUGAUUUACAAGUGCGCCUCCGUUGGCAGAACCCGAAUGACCUCGCCAUUUGGGAUAAUAGAUCAGUCUACCAUGCUGCUACUUGGGACUAUGAGGAGAUCGGCCCGCGAACAGGACAUCGUGCGGUUGGGCUUGGAGAGAGGCCAUACCUGGACCCGAACAGCACCAGCCGUCGCGAGGCAUUGGCCAGGAAUCAAUAG